AUGGAUCGCAAAUGUUUAAAUGAUUAUUUAAUAAUGCACAAAAUUACCUUUAACGACAAUUUUAAUAAUUUAAUAAUAUAUUGUAUCCUCUUUCUUUUAAAAAAAGCUGAUAGUGGAUGGCUCAGGCAAUUCGUUGGUUCUUUGCAAAAUGGUCUUCGUCUUCCGUUUGCUUUACUGCGAGGAGAUCGCAGACACGAUUCAAAUGAGCGAAUUGCUGAGGGGGGCACAAGUGUGUUAGAUAACAAUGUCGAUCCUUUUCAUUUAAAAUCAGCCUCCCACAAUUGGCUUGGACAUCAUCGCCAUAAUCAAGGUCUUAAAGAAGGCGAGACAAAAAACGAGGGACUAGCUGUUACCGGAAAUAAAUGGAAUCAUUCAAAGGCUUUUAUCACGCCUAAGACCCAUGAUAGCGCAAUUUCUAGUGAGUCGGAUGGAAUGUUUGGGGAUGAAAGCUACGGAGGAACUCAUCCACUCAACGCCAAAGAAAGAGGGAUUGAAUUGGUGCUUGGUGAAAAAAGCGAUCGUCUAGCGGCAUUCAUGAAAACCCUUCACAAUCCACGCGGUCGUUCUCACUCCCUUUACCAUUGUGCUGGGAAUGUUGAUCAGAGCCUGUCAUUGUUACGCAGUCCUCCUUUCCUAGGUCUUAUCACAGUCUCUCGCAUCGUAAGAUCCGUCUGUUAUAUCCCUCGUUCACGUAAUACACUCGACCCCCGCCACCCCAUCUGUGCUACUUGA